UUCACAGAGCUCUCUGUUGUUAUCUCGUGAUGCUACAAACUGUUAGUUGAAAUGUAGCCUACUAUUUCUAAAUAGAAAGAUACAACAUUGAAUCAGAUCAGUAACGUUACCUGUAAUAUUCUCAUCCUCAGAGUCAUGACUAAGUGUUGAAGCAAGCAGGAAUAUCUGGAGGAGUAUCAUCUGAACUGAGAUCUGCUGCUGUGAAGAUGGUGUUUGUUAAAGAGGAGAGUGAGGAGAACAUGAUUAUACCAGAAACCUGGAGAAUAAAACAAGAGGAACCAGAACCUGAACCAGAAACCUGGAGAAUAAAACACGAGGAACCAGAACCAUGGAGAAUAAAACAGGAGGAACAAGGAGAGUUGAUUAAAGAAAACAAGGAGAAUGAAGAAUUGAGAGAAGUUGAGGAGAAAAAUCAUGUGACAACUGAAGAUAAACCUUUGAGUUGCUCUCAAACCAAACAGAAAGAUUUAAAGAAAAGAGGAGCCAAGAAAUCUUUCACCUGCACUCAGUGUGGAAAGAGUUUGACACGCAAAUGUGGUCUUGAUAUUCACAUGAGAUUUCAUACGGGAGAGAAACCAUACACUUGUGAUCAGUGUGGGAAGAGUUUCACAAACUCAGCAAACCUUAAGAGACACAUGUUCAUCCACACUGAAGAAAAACUGCAUGCAUGUGAUCAAUGCGGCAAAACAUUUUCGAGGCCUUCAAACCUGAAGAAGCACUUGAGAGUUCAUACAAAGGAGAAGCCACAUUCAUGUCAUUUGUGUGGAAAGAGUUUUUCACGUCCAGAAAAUUUGAAAGAACAUCUGAAAACACAUUCUGGUGUGAGAGAGUUCAUGUGCUUUGAGUGUGAAAAAGCUUUUACUUCAGCAAAGUGUUUAAAACUGCACCAGAGGAUCCACACUGGAGAGAAACCUUAUAAGUGUUCACACUGUGACAAGACAUUCAGUCAGUCAGGAAGCCUGAAAAGACACGAGAGGAUUCACACUGGAGAGAAACCGUAUCACUGCACUGCAUGUGGGAAGAGUUUCAAUCAUUCAUCUGGUCUACACAUUCAUACAAAAAACUAUCACUUGUUGAAGCAAGCAGGAAUAUCUGGAGGAGUAUCAUCUGAACUGAGAUCUGCUGCUGUGAAGAUGGUGUUUGUUAAAGAGGAGAGUGAGGAGAACAUAAUUAUACCAGAACCCUGGAGAAUAAAACACGAGAAACCAGAACCCUGCAGAAUAAAACGCGAGAAACCAGAACCCUGGAGAAUAAUAAAGGAGGAACCAGAACCCUGGAGAAUAAUAAAGGAGGAACCAGAACCCUGGAGAAUAAUAAAGGAGGAACCAGAACCCUGGAGAAUAAUAAAGGAGGAACCCGAAUCUUUAAGAAUAAAACAGGAGGAACCAGAACCCGAACCAGAACCUUGGAGAAUAAAACAUGAGGAACAAAGAGAGUUUAUAGAAGAAAAUGAGGAGAACGAAGAAUUGGGAGAAGUUGAGGAGCAAAAUCAUGUCAAAACUGGAGAAAAACCUUUGAGUUGCUCUCAAACCAAACAGAAAGAUUUAAAGAAAAGAGGAGCCAAGAAAUCUUUCACCUGCACUCAGUGUGGAAAGAGUUUCACAGGCAAAACAAGUCUUGAGCGUCACAUGAGAAUUCAUACUGGAGAGAAACCAUACACUUGUGAUCAAUGUGGGAGGAGUUUCACACAAUCAGCAAACCUUAAGGUACACAUGAACAUCCACACUGGAGAAAAACCAUACAAGUGUUCACACUGUGACAAGAGAUUCAGUCGGUCAACAUUUCUGAAAACACAUGAGAGCAUCCACACUGGAGAGAAACCAUACAAGUGUUCACACUGUGACAAGAGGUUCAGUCAGUCUCGAGACCUGGAAAAACAUGAGAGGAUCCACACCAGAGAGAAACCUCAUAAGUGUUCACACUGUGACAAGAGAUUCAGUGUGUCUCGAGACCUGGAAAAACAUGAGAGGAUCCACACCGGAGAGAAACCUUUCAAGUGUCUACACUGUGACCAAAGAUUCAGUCAGUCAACAUCUCUGAAAACACAUGAGAGGAUUCACACUGGAGAGAAACCUUAUAAGUGUUCAUACUGUGGCAAGAGAUUCAUUCAGUCAAUACAUCUGAAAACGCAUGAGAGGAUCCACACUGGAGAGAAACCGUAUCACUGCACUGCAUGUGGGAAGAGUUUCAGUCAAUUAUCUUCCCUGCAGAGUCAUACAAAAAUCUAUCACUGUAAGUAGAUCAUCUUCAGAUCCAGCUCUUUCAGAUCCGGUGCCACAUCCUCACCAAAUGCAACACAAUAAUGCAUCAAGCAAUAAGAUAUCAUCUGGAUAAAUCUGUCCUAACCAGACAUUACAAGUGACAUGACAAAGCAACAUUAUCUAAAGUUUUCACAGUGAAUAAAGUUCAUCUUCAAAACCAGCAGAUUCAACUGAGAUUCAGAUCAACUCAAAGAUGGAGUUCCUCCCCAAAGAACUGUUGUCAAAUGUCAAAACAAUUAUUGUUACCAGUUAUUGUGUAUCAUUUUGCUUCAUGAUAUAAAUUAUAUUAUUGUGAUUUCUUAUGAGUUUCAAAAAAUGUUCAAUUGUUUUAUGUUGCAUACAGUAUGUGUCACUUGUAGUUAGCUUACUCUUUCAUGAAGGAAAGUAGAAGCUUUUUCCAAACUGUUCUUGUUCAGGAAGCUGAAGAAUUGACUGUAACACUUGAGCUUUAAUUUGAAUGUUAUUCUUUCACUUAAGAUGUAUUUAGUAAAUCAGAUGCAAAAUAUACUGUCAUGUAGCUUUGUAAUUGAUCCUUAUUUUCUUCUCUUGUUAGCAGGGCUGGGAAGGUUACUUUUAAAAUGUAUUUCACUACAGAUUACAAAAUACAUGCUUUAAAAAGUAAUCAGUAAUGUAUUUCGUUAGAUUACUCAGGUUUAGUAACUUAAUCUAAAUGCUUUAGAAUACUUUGAAAUACUUAAGCUAUAUAACACAAAGGAACAUAUUAAUUUAAUGUUUUCUCUUUGCAUUUUUUAACAACAUCAGUUUUCCACAGCAUUUCUAUGAACAACAACAACAAAAUGUUAUGUCAUUUAAAUCUACCAAUCAAUAUUUGAAUACAAUGAAUGGGAUUCCGUUCUAUUUCAUGCUGCAUUCCAAGCUUCAAAACGAAUCCAAACACGCCAAACAUAUCAUAAAAGUGGCCAAAACAACUGGCACAGUUCUCCAAGUUAUACAAUAGAUUUGUUUAAUGAAUGGACCAAACUUUAAGUGAUUACUUCAUAUAGCGAUCACUGAGUCAAAAUGUACAGGGCUCGUUUCCCAAAGCAACUACGGUCGCAAGUAAUGUCGUUAUAGUUCAAUGUAAUUUAACAACCACAGUUCGCUAACGAUGCUUUUGGGAAACAUACCCCAGAUCUAUCCAGUUUAAUGUGAACCAUUCACACUGGUUUUGUUAAACAAAAUGAUUCAUUUAAAAGAUUGACUCAAAAGAAUCAUCUGUGCACGAAUCGAAUCAUCAACUCACAUUACCGCGCCAAAGAUGAUCUAUUCAAGAACAUUUCGAAUGAAUAAAGACACACAAAGCUAUCGUUUGACUUUAUAAACUUUUAUUUAAUGCUUAAUUCGUAUGGAUCUGUUAACUGAAUGCAAAGUGUGAAAUGUAGGAGAAUUCGGUGUCAGUUUUCAAUUAAAUUCUUAGAAAUAUUAAACAUAAUCAUUCAACACUCAAAAUAUGAGAAAAUAGAAAAACGAGUUACUGGAUACAAUUUUUCAAACAUCAAGAUCAACUUCCCUCAAGAUGCUUUUUGAGAUUAGACGUUGUAUCCUUCGAUGCUGAUAGAAGUUUUGUUGCAGGUAGGCAUUGCACUGCACUGAGAUGUUACGUUACCUUUUUCAGAUUUAUAUAAUAGUCUUUGUAUUUCCACAAGAGAAAUGCAUUACGCGAAUGGCUUUCUGUUGUGUCAUCCAUUUACUGUAUGUGUCGUGAUGAGCGUAUGCACUCGCACUACGAGCUGCUAAAUGAACAGGCUGCUGCACGCAGUUUUUUUUUUUUCAACGGAGAAUCAGUUGCCUUAUUGGUUAAAAUCCCCAAACUGUUUAUAUAAAUAUUAAAUUAAGAAAUUACAUUAAAAUUCAAAGUAAUCACGUUUCGGAUGUAACCGAAUUUAAAAUGUAAUUAUAACGAAAUACAGUUACUCAUAUUUUGUAUUUUAAAUACGUAACGCUGUUACAUGUAUUUCGUUACUCCCCAGCCCUGCUUGUUAGUAUGGAUGGGUACCUGAGCCCUGUGGCUACAUUACGAAAAACUGUAGUAUCGAUAAGCUCUAAUGUUAGCUGUUCUGCUUUUGAUGCUGGGGAAAUUAAGGACAUACACUUACAAUUUAUCAUUGGUAAAUAAAUAUCAAGCUAACUGUAUCUUGCCAACCAUUUCUACAUGCGAUAAUAUCAAGACAUUCUUCAAUGAAGCAUUUUUGUUAUCUUGCAAUCCAGAAGUGAUGUCUUUCUUGUACUUUAGGGCCGUGUGAUUAAUGUAAUCUUAUUUUCGAUCGAGUUUGACUUCCGAGGAUUAUGAAAGUAAGUUCUCGCAGUUAAAGUGAUAUAUUAGAGAAAAUAUGAUGUCUUGAAAUCCAUGUGACCGUAGUAAUACAUUAUUAUGAGUUUACACCACUGAGCUAUAAUAGAGAAGCCCUUGUGCUCCCAUCCAUUCUAUUGAGUUCAGAGUAAAUCGUAUGAUUUCAAUGAGAAAACUGCACCUAACGAGUCAGCGGUUUUAUAUGUGAAGUAUCUGAAUAAAAUUGUAUACUCACGUACCUUAAUUCACCUUGUACAAGUAUUCACUGAUUAUGCAAUUAUGUUGUUUUUAUUUGUAAGUGCAAAUGUUUCAACAACGAUUUCAUUAACAGUCUGCAUUUUGAAGCAUUUAAUGAUUUUAAGGGUUGGUUAAAUUAA